GGUGCCUCGCUGUCUAGAGGUCGUCGCUUUGAUGGAAACGGGAGGAAUUACCUGGUUGUGUCGCAGUUAUUACCGUGUAGUUUUACGUUUCAUACGUUUAUGUUUCAAGGUAGAACGUUUAUCAUUAUUACCAGCUAAUUCUGGUGAAGAAACAGGACGCUAUUUACCAGCUUCGGAGGAUUAUUAUCUUGCUUUGCGGCCGCAGGCACCAGUUUGGCUCGACGUUUGGAGGGAUAAAACUACUAAAAAGUGUUUUAAUCAUCAAUGUUUUUGCAGCCAGUGGCCCGAGCUGACGGUGGAGAGCCUGCCGUCCUUCCUCUCCCGGGGUGAAGCCCUGCUGCUCCUCUUCAUGGGAGAGGAGGACAAGAUCGGGCGGAGGCAGAACCAGGCGCUGCUGGAGGAGAUGAGAGGGGAGAGGAUGGAGCCAUACCUGGCCUGCUGGAUCUACUUUGUCCGUGCUCCCGCUAGUAUGUCCGUCCUGGGGUCAUACCUGGACUCCGUACCCCCCCUCCCUGCUCUGGUCCUCGCCAAUUUGCCCUCUGGAGGGAUGAUCGGCGAAGACAACUAGCCUCCCUCUCCCGACUUCCUGAAAAUCAUUGACAUGCAGGACCCCAACUCGGCCAAGCAGCAGACUCCUACAGAGGAGGAAGAGGAAGAGGUGACUGUGGAAGAUGAUGCAUGUGUUUACUGCGACUGAAAAGUGACGCAGAGGGGUCUGACAAAGCAUCAGUAUGUGACGAGUUGGGAUGAGAUUAUGAAUAUUAUUUAUGUUCUUUGCUCAUUUAUCUAUUUAGUUAUUUUCUUUCCUAUGUUUUCUCUUAGUUUGCUGCCUUUUUUAUUUAUUUUUCCUUCUUUCCCAACAUCAACAUCACCUUGUCCUCUCAUCCCCUGACAAAAUUUUGUCCUGUAUUCACUGCUCUUGUCGUCCUGUUGUUGUUCUGUUAAUGUGUUGUCUUUUUGUCUUGCAGUUAAAUAAAAAUAAAUAAACAUUUCCA